GGUCAUUGUCAAUUUGUCAAUGAGUCGCGGUCGUAGGACUCGUUGAGGUGCCAAAUAGAUUUCAAUAGAUACCAGACCAACAGAACCACCAAAAUGGCUUCAAAAUUACAAGAGUACAAAGAUACAUUGGAGCGCAACUUAAUGGACAAGAGCAAACCGUGGACAAAAUUCUUCGAAAAAGCGGAAUCAAAGACGGGAGUUAACAGAGUUUAUCUAUUCGUCGGUUUGGUGGCAUUCACCGGUUUAUAUUUAGUGUUUGGUUUCGGCGCUGAGUUGAUAUGUAACUCGAUUGGCUUUGUCUAUCCGGCGUAUAUGUCGAUGAAAGCUCUCGAGUCCCCUGUGAAAGAUGACGACACUAAAUGGCUGACCUACUGGGUGGUCUAUGCUUGCUUCUCCAUUGUCGAGUAUUUCUCUGACUUCAUCGUUGGCUGGUUCCCACUUUACUGGCUCAUCAAGUGCAUCUUCAUCAUCUGGUGUUAUUUGCCGACCGACUACAACGGUUCCCUCAUCAUAUACAAUCGCAUCAUCCGCCCCUACUACCAGAAACACCACACCCGCAUCGAUGACAUUGCCAGCUCAGAUGUCCUGAAAGACAUAGUUAAAGACGUCAACAAACAUAUGGAUAGGACGUUAAAGAAAUUUAGCAAAACCCUGCCGAAUCUUCACAAAGACUAAAUCAGGUAAACAAGAAUAGAACAACUCUCCCAGAUAACCUCCCGCCUGGUAGCUGAUGCCGUCAGGAAGAACAACUAAGACGCAUUUAUCGAAGCAUAACCCAAUUUCGCUUUUACACGCUUCGGAUAAAAAAAAAUUGAAAAAAAAAAAAAAAGAAAAACCAUAAAUGUAUUUUUGUACAUCGAUCUUUGUGAUGUUAAUAAAGCAUUCGAAGGACAAUUAUCUUUAUAUUAAUGGGUUAAGGUGAUGUUUGCGAAAUCAUUCUAUGUAUUAUUUGGUUAAGUUGUUUUUUUUUUAUUAUGACAGUUUGGUAAAUCUUAGUUUGGAUUUAAUAAAAAAAAAUAUAUAAGUUUGUCUAUGACUUAAGUUAGUCUUGUUUUAUUGGUACAAUGGAUUCGGUGUUGCUCAAGUUUCAGUUGUCUGUUAUAUGUAUUGUAAAAGUAUGUUGGUUUAGUUUUUUAAUAGUGAUAUGAACAGCCAUUUUCUAAUAUGCAUUUAAAUUUUAUUAAUGCACCGGUUUUUAGAUAAACACUUGGUUUUUUAAUCAUGUGUUUUGAGUAUUUCGCUUGUAUUAUAGAUACUCGUGUAACUUUUGAUGCUUCUGAUUGUACCCACUAUGUAUUGUUACCGUUUUUUCACACAAUAAAAGGUAUUCAUUGUA